CUCUCUCUCUCUCUCUCUCUCUCCCCUCCCUUACAGUAGUACAGUGGGGUUCCAUGGAACUUUCCUGCGUUGAUGCUGCAGAAAACAGUUGAGGAAAGGUACCGAUGGCAGGUGGUGGCACGUGAUUUAGGUUCAUUUAAGUGGAAGAGUGGAGACAAGUUCCGUGACUCUGCAGAUUUUCUAAGUUUAGAAGAUGAGUGAAUGCAUGCAGUAUGAUUGAAACUGUUGAGGGGGAGUGGAGAGAAGUUCCGUGACUUCACGGAUUUCCAAGUUUAGAAAGCGAGUGAAUGCAUGCAGUUUGAUGGAAAUUGUUGGAGAAGAGAACUUUUUAGAAUUGAUGAGCGGUUUGGGAAAUUGGUAGAGAGGAUUUCUCUGUGAAUUUAUUGAAGAGGUUUGAGGUAAAAAGGAAAGAAGAAGGGUUUGAAAUGGAAUCUACGCCUCAGAAGAGCUUGGAGAGGCUUAUUUCUCAGAGAGCUAUGCAGAUGAGCGCCUCAUUCCAUUGCAAAAUCUGGGUUCUGGGAUUCUUUUGUGGUGUUUGUAUCACUUAUCUGUUUCUUGUUGCUUUUACUCCCUACAAGGCUGCGGAAUUUGGAUUUGAAUUUACGAAUUAUAUUGGUUCUGGUUCUGCAAAUUCACCCUCCGUGAAUCUAGAAGUUGAUAGAAAAGAUCAAGGCAAUUUUUCAAGUAAUGUUUUUGGAAGUUCACCGAAUUUUGAAGGCACCGAGCAAUCGAGUUAUGUGAAGAAAGGAGCUUUGCUAUACUCUGCUUGGAAUGCCAAGCUUGAUGAGUCUAAAGAUUCUUAUGGAGAGUUAUUGAAAAAAGGGCUAAAUAUAACAAGUGUGCCCAAACCUCCUUAUGCGGAAAACUGCAAAAUGAAGGUAGAAAUCAAUAAAUUCUUUGAUAUUCGUGGAGAAAAUGGAAGCUUGCCUCAAUGGUCACUUUGGAAGGGGAAAUUAGGCCUGGAGUUGGCCAAACUUGCUUUCCCUUCUGAGGAACAGAAGCUCCAGUUUGGGCGCAAGAGGGCAUUCCAAAAUGCCAAUCCUCCUUGGGUUUUAGGAUCAGAUGAGGAUAAUUUUCCGCUCACCCGUGAAGUCCAACGGUAUUUGUGGAUUCAUCAACACCCACAAGACUGUGGUAACCCCAGUCUGCGAUUUUUAGUUGCUGACUGGGAGAGGAUUCCAGGAUUUGGCAUAGGAGCCCAACUAGCAGGGAUGGCAGGGCUUCUUGCAAUCGCCGUCAAUGAAAAUAGGAUUCUUGUUACUGGCUACUAUAAUAGAGCAGACCAUGCUGCCUGUCAAGGUUCAUCUCAUGCUCAUUGGUCUUGCUAUUUUUUCCCUGAAACCUCCCAAGAAUGUCGGGAUCGUGCCAACGACCUCAUGAAGAUUAAGGAAGCUUGGGACGAUCAUACUAUUACAGUGAAGGAUAACUACACAUCAAAGGAGAUAUGGCAUGGACGGAUUCCCAGGGUGUGGGGUGAACCAUGGAGUUAUUUGCAACCCACAACAGAUAUAAAUGGAAGCUUGCUUCGUUAUCACCGUAAAAUGGAUAGGCGGUGGUGGCGGGCACAGGCACUACGGUAUCUAAUGAGAUUUCAAAGCGAGUAUACAUGUAAUCUACUUAAUGUAGCCAGACACUCAGCUUUUGGCAUGCAAGCGGCUGAAAUGGUCCUCAGAACUAUUCCUUCUGGUUGGCCAAAGGUAAGUGUGGAAAGCUCUCGUACUGAUAUUGAAGAGUUUGUAUGGUCAAAUCACAAGCCAUGGAUUCCCAGACCAAUUCUUAGCAUGCAUGUAAGAAUGGGAGACAAAGCCUGUGAAAUGAAAGUGGUUGAAUUUGAGAAUUACAUGAAUCUUGCUGAGCGGAUUCGCAAAAACUUUCCUAAUCUUAACAGCAUCUGGCUUUCCACAGAGAUGCAGGAAGUUAUUGAUAAAUCAAAAUUAUACCCUCACUGGAAAUUUUAUUACACAAAUGUCACACGCCAGAUUGGAAACAUGUCAAUGGCCUCAUAUGAGGCAAGCCUUGGCAGAGAAACAAGCACCAAUUAUCCACUUGUUAACUUCAUAAUGGCUACUGAGGCUGAUUUCUUCAUUGGAGCCUUGGGUUCAACAUGGUGUUUUCUAAUAGAUGGCAUGAGAAAUACUGGAGGGAAAGUGAUGGCUGGCUAUCUAAGUGUCAAUACAGACAGAUUUUGGUAGCUGAAGAAAUACAUAAAAAAAAUGGGUGCAUGUGGUAUGUAAAUAUUUCUCCUUUUCCAUUUUGCUCUGGCAUGGAAGGUUUUUUUUUCUUUAACAGUGUUGUAGAUAACUGGGAAGCUGAGGCCACAUUUCAGUGGAAGCAAUAAGAAUAACUGCUCCUGUAAAUGCAUUUCCAUUAGUAAAUUUGAUUGUAAUUUUUAGUUUUGAAAGGUUUUUAUUGUUA